AUGGUGCAGCAAUACGAGCUACCCUUCAAGCUCAAAGAUCCCUCUCUCCUUCAUUUCGAUUCUUUUAUCGGAAACAAAUGGGUGACAGCAAAGAGCGGAAAUCGCUUCGAGGUGGUUGACCCAGGCACCGACAAGACAUGGGCGAGCUGCCCCAAUAACAGCGCCGAAGAUGUCGACGCCGCAGUCAAUACUGCACAUGCGGCCUUUGAGGACUUCCGCAAAGUAAACCCUCGUCAACGGGCCAAAUGGCUACUCAAGUGGCACGACUUGGUGACGGAUGCCAAGGAUGACCUGGCGCAGAUUGUCACGCAUGAGACUGGAAAGCCCCUCGCCGAGUCACAUGGAGAAUUGGAUUACUCUCUCGGAUUUCUCUGGUGGUUUGCUGGGGAGGCAGAGCGCAUCCAGGGAUCCAUCUCUGUUCCAGCAGCACCCAAUCGUCGCCUGUUUACUAUCAAGCAGCCGAUCGGCGUGGCGGCUGCGUUAGUACCCUGGAACUUUCCUAUAGCGAUGGUGCUGCGAAAGGUUGGCGCAGCCAUGGCAGCUGGAUGUACCAUGAUUGUCAAGCCCAGUCCCGAGACACCUAUCUCGGCACUUGUGCUAGCUGAGCUGGCGCAGCGUGCAGGGAUCCCAGCUGGCGUGUUGAACAUCCUGACGACGGAUUUGGAAAACACCCCGUCUCUAAGCGAAGCUCUGUGCAAGCACCCGCUCGUCAAGAAAGUGACCUUUACCGGGUCAACCCGAGUCGGCAAACUUGUAGCUGCUCAUUGUGCCCAGGGCUUGAAGAAAUUGACCCUUGAACUGGGAGGCAAUUGUCCAUUUAUUGUCUUCGACGAUGCCAAUCUUGAUCAAGCGCUAGAUCAGCUCAUGGUCCUGAAAUGGCGUCACGCAGGUCAGGCUUGCAUCACGGCGAACCGUAUCUACGUACAAUCCGGUGUCUACGAUCGCUUCGCCUCCAUGCUGAAGGAACGCACCAGUGCCCUGAAAGUGGGCCAUGGCGCUGCCGAGGGGACAACCAUGGGACCUCUCACUACCCCACGCAGUAUUGACAAAGCCGUUGCCCAAGUGGAAGAUGCCCGCAAGCACGGCGCAGAGAUUUUGCUGGGCGGCAACCGGUUGGCUUCACAAAAGGGAUAUUUCUUCGAACCGACCAUUCUCACGGGAAUGACAGACAAGAUGCAGAUCUCUCACGAGGAGUCUUUUGCCCCAAUUGCUGCCUUGUAUCGGUUUGAGAGCGAAGACGAAGCGGUGAAAUUGGCAAAUGCGACCAGCAUGGGACUGGCAAGCUAUGCAUUCACCAAGAAUAUUGACCGAAUGUGGCGUCUUCUGGAGAAUCUCGAGGCUGGAAUGAUCGGUAUGAACACCGGUAAGUGUUUGGGAAUCCCCUUCCUCUUUGAUCCGAAAUUCAAGCAUGCUGACAAUUCAUGUGAAGGAAACCAAUCUGCUGCAGAAUCUCCCUUUGGUGGCAUCAAGGAGUCAGGCUAUGGCAAGGAGAGUGGUAAAGAUGUUGCUGUCAAUGAGUAUUUGGUGACGAAAACAGGAACGCUCACAAUUGAGGGCCAAUAUUGA